AUGCACUUCACUGCCCCCUCCAUCGCCUUGCUGGCUCUCGCAGCCGGUGUCCAGGCCGCUGGCGCCAAACAGCAAGAGCCCCCCGUCGUCAGCUUAAAGAGCAUUGGCAAGCACCAAGCUACCGGUAUGACUGGUACCGCUGUUCAGACUGGUACCGCUGUCCAGACUGGUACUCACCCCAUCGUCACCGGCACCCCCAACAACGGUACCAGUACCCAAACUGGCAACCAGCCCAUCGGCACUGGUACUGGCAUCGUCGGUAGCUCAACCAUUCCUGUCACCGUCCCUACCCAGUCUACCGGCGCUACUCCCUCCGGUGGAGCUGGUGGCGUCGGCGGUGGUGCUGGCGGCGUUGGCGGCGCUAAUCCCUCCGGUGGUGCCGGUGGCGUUGGCGGUGGUGCUGGCGGUGUUGGCGGCGCUACUCCCUCCGGUGGUGCUGGUGGCGUUGGCGGUGGUGCUGGCGGCGCUGGCGGUGCUGCCGGCUCCCACGCUGCCUCCGGCGCAUCCCCCAGCUCGACCGGUUUCACCCCCUCCAGCCCUGGUUCCAAGGUCACCGCACCCCAGGUUGGAGCCGUUGGCGCUGUUAUUGGCAGCAUUGUCUACGGUGCCGUUAUGCUGCUUGCAUAA